CAACACAUCACCCAUGACUAGUUUGGUUAAUUUAAAACCCAAAUUGACAAAUUCCCUCAAUCUUGAAACAACUUUAGUUAAAUCUGGAAUGUUAGUAUCAUUCUUGUUGAAAAUAGUUGGUGGAAAUAAC